ACUGCCUGAACUAAAUAUAAUAAAGAAUACACAUAAGUUUACAUGCGUAAUACGAAAUUCGAUAAUAAAUUCUACGUAUUUAAACUGCAGUUUUACCCUGAAAUCAAAUAUACAGGAUACUAUUUGAAUUUGUCAAAGUUGAAGAUCUGUGUUGGUAAUUUGAUUUCAGGGGAUUGCUCAAUUCCAAUACAACAUUAAUCUUUCCGAAAACGUUUUAAAAAAAAACAAAAAAAACCAACUGGUAGUUUGCUCAGGAUCUUUAGCACAAAAUAAUGGCGUACCCAGUAAGUUGUAAAAUAAAAAUAAUUUAGACCAUCUUUAAAGAUUAGUUGUUGAGUGUACUUGUCUUUUUCAGUAAUCAUGGCUAAUCAUGGUCAUCAUAAUCAAUCAUACUUACUUCAUACUCAUACUGAAUCAUGAAUCAUAGUAUAGUCGUUUAACUUCUAAUCGGUAAAUGUAAAGGACAAAUGCCACUAUUUUAUCGAUGGCCGCGACUAAUGCCCUAAAUCAAUCCCUAUGCCUAACCUGAACCCUAAAUCGAUCCCUAUGCCUAUGCCUAACUUGAACCCUAAAUCGAUCCCUAUGCCUAACCUGAAUCCUAAAUCGAUCCCUAUUCAUACUAUGCCUAACCUGAACCCUAAUUCACUGCAACUAUAAUAAACAAGCAAAUGACACCGUGGCAUUCGUGCUUUACAUUAGUAUUAGCCUUCUAAUCUAAGUCAAGUCGUUGUCCGCGUUAGCCAUGUAAGUUUUACUUGUAAAAAAAGUAAAAUUGUUGUAUUCCUCUAACUUAAACUCAAGUACGUUCUUACCAACUGAUUCUUACACUGACUUCACUGAGACUGAAGUGUACUGUUGACUUACUUAAAGUUAAAUGGUUGAGUGCACCACUAUAAACUAUAAAUUAUACCUCCUACUAUUAUAAAAAGCCAUUUAGUCUAAAGGAUCCCGGGUCCGAAUAGCGGACCUAUAGCGGACCUGGGUCCCCUUAGACUAAAUGCUAUUUGGAUGUCAUUUGUGGUAGUUUAUUUUAGAUAAACUGAAGAAGUAACUUUACAAUUAUUAAUUACCUUUGAUUUGAUACCAAAUUUUGUCUUACAAACCCAACAAAAAUAUUUUUAAUAUUUUUUUAUAAACCCAACCUCUCACUCUUUUCCCGGUCUGAAUCCCGGGUCCAAAUAGCCAUAAACAUAUUAAAAAAAAAGUCAAAUCUAAUCUAAAUUCCGAACUGAGUGACCUGAUAAAUUAAUUAUCAUCAUAUUUAUUACUAGACCUGGACUCAAUGAUCUGGAUAUAGCUGGACCAAGCCUAACCUUAUCUUUCUAUUGCUUAAUUUAUAGAUUUAAAAUUAUGAUUUUUAAAGUGCCUUAUGCUCAGUUUGUGGGGGUGGGUUGACAGAAUGUAGUGUCGAGAUCCAUUAUAUUUGAUUUAAUUUAUAUUUAUAUGAAUUUUUUGGUUGUACUGAUAAAGGGAUUUGCCAAAACAUUUAAAUUUGUAUUCAAUAUUAUUAAAGCUGAACGUAUAUUGUUAUGUAUCAGGUAUUGUUUGUGUCUAAAUAAUCUAUUAAAUAUAAGUCAGUGCUGGUACCAAACUGUAUCCAUAAAAAAUGAGAUUUGUUCUUACUGUACUAAUAGAUUUCAGCUGCUGCUACAAUCUGAUGAAAUGUGACAAUCUGAUCUUGUUGUGUGGAACAGUGACUUGUGUAGAAGUAGAACUAAUAUUAGUUUUGUGGCUACCACCAAUUAUCUCCCCUUUGUUUUGUUUUGAUAUUGACGUCACUGAUUACAUGUGCUGUGCCACUCCUUUAACACACCCUUCUCUUGAUUGGGAAAAGGUUGUUAACAUUCAAAUACAUUCUAAUUGUUCUAAAGAAUGCUAUCAGGUGAUGCAAUUUCUAUAAUUUCUUAACUAGAGUCUAGAGCAAGGGUCUCAAACUAAAAUUAUCUGGGGGCCAUAGGAGGUAGAGGUUAAGUGGGACUGGGCCGCAACAAGUAUUCCACAAAAAAAGCUAUUACAAAACCAAGUGCGAUUGUUACACUCUGCUCAACCUUUAUUAAUAACAAAAAAAACCAUUAAGGGUUCUCAAGAACUAGGCCGUCACAUUUCUUUAUCAUUGUUAUAGGCGUUGUAAGAAAAAAAAUUCCUGGUGAUCUCAAGUAAAAGUAUUUAGCUAAUAAAUGCUAUGAAAAUAAUGAGCUUCUGCUAAGACGAAAAAGAAUAUGAUAAAACCUUAUUUGUAAAGUAACCAAGCUGACAGGCUCACUGGUCACUCAUACACACUUGCGGCAAUUUUAAUAGGGAUUCUUUGAUACUGUGACAGAUUGCUACAAUUUAUACAAUUAUGGUUGUGCAUUGCCCACUAACUGACUUUUUAAACGUUUGAUAUAUGUAUAUUUAAUAUUCGAAGCGUGUUUUCUAAAAGCGUGUUUGUCUCAUAAAAUGCUAUAAAAUGAAAUCUUUAAGUCCGAUUAUAAAACGGGUUUUACCUUUAACUUUAUAAUCAACGUCCAAACCUAUACAAACAUAAUAAAAAUCAAAAUUAGACUAGUCGGUGAGAUUCGACUGUUGAGGAGGGUCACAUAAUAGAUAUGAGAAUUGGGAAAACGCGCGGGCUGCAUUAACAAUAAACUUUGCUGUCAAGUAGCGGGCCGCAAAAUACUUGGUCUUAUGGGCCGCAAAUUGCCCACGGGCCGCUAGUUUGAGAUCCCUGGUCUAGAGGGUUCUUAUUUAAUCCCCAUGCAUAGGCCGGUAGCUUUCCAAGCCAUGAGUGAUUAUUGUUAUAUUUCCUAGACAUACGAAACGUUAUAUAUUUGCAAGAUUGUACUUUGUGUGUUUCAAUUAAUAUUUGUAUCUUUCGAGGAUUGUACCUUUUCAUUUGUUGUACUGUAUGUAGAUAUUGUUUUUUGUUUCUGUAUAUUUGUAUUUUUAUAGAAAUUUAGUAGUAUAAUUAAAGUGAAUAUUGUUAGACUCAUUAGCUUUGGUAUCAUUUUCAUUGUAUAUUGGUAUUCAGUCCUUUGUUAUGUACCAGUAUCAUUCAUUCUACAAGUACAAGCCAAAUCUUAAAACAGAUUAAAUUUUCAAAACCAUUUAUCUGUACGUAACAGAAUGUAUAGUAAGAACCCAAAAUUGUGACUCUAUUUUUCACAAAUUAUUACAGUGGCUUCAUUUAAUUACUCCUUUUGUCAUUGCUUUCUAUAAUUAAAUCAAGAUACUUAGAGAAAAUUACAAACAUUUCCUAUGAGUGACCCAUUCAUAAGUCACCAUCAUACAGCCUACCCAUUAAUUUGAAUGAUUUCAUGAUAAGGUCAUUGAUAUUAGUAAUAUUCAUAAUCACUGUAAAUAAUAAAUGGACAUUAUUCAUGAUAGUCAUAUUACUCAUAUUUGAAGUCUACUACAAUAAUAAAGUAGUCAACAGUUUUAGCUGCUGUUUUUUUGGUGUUUUUUUUUUACACAAACUUGCAGCCAAACUAUCCUUUAUAAAAAGGUGGCAAUGAUUUGUAUUUGGAAUCACCAUUGGCUUCAAUAUUAACACCAAAUCCUUGAUGUAUUUGAAUAGGGUCAAUUUGGAUUUGGUGGCCAGCAGGUUCCAGCUGGUGCCUAUGGAGCUGCCCCUGGUUAUGGGGCCCCUCCUUAUGGUGGAGGGAUGAGUGGCUAUCCUGGCCAGCAACCUUAUUCUGGAGGUCCACCAGGUAAAAGUAUGGCAUCAUUUGAUACAUCUUUAAACCCUAAGUUAAAAAAAUAAAUGUCAGUUUUCUCAUAUAUUUUUAAGAAAGUGUAGAGGGACAUUAUGUUUGCGCAAGAUCCUAAAAAUAAAGUGUAUAAAAAGAUCUCAAAAUGAAAUCACAUGUGAAGGAGCAGGCAGUGAUCUCAAGGAGCAUGAAAUACAGAGACGGAAAAUAGAUAUGAAGAAACCAGAAUCAAAUAAUGCAAGACACUCUAUGUCUUGGGUUACACAGGGCAAAAGAAAGAGGAUGUGACAAAGGAUGGGAGGGGUUCCUGCCAGAGACAGUGAGAGAAAGUGGAAAGAAGUUGUGAAUGGUGCAUCCAAUCUCUGACAAGGGGGAGAGGGCUAAAAUGAAGCUUUUAAGCCCAUUGGCCUGUUUAAAGUGACCCAUUAUAAGGGUAGUAUCUAAAAAUUGCUUUCGGGGGAUAGUGUGCCAUUGAAUGUUGGGUGGCGUCUACUUUAAUAAGAUAUGUAAAUAACUAUCGUAACAGUCCAUGAAAUACAGACAGCAGAAUAAAUCUGAAUUGGAAGUAGAUUAUUGGACAUUUUAGUUGGUAAUAAACCAUAAUUAACAUUCCUCUUGUGUAAAUCUAAACAAGCAAUACAGUGUCUUCAGGCCUUUUGUAAAUUUUAAAGCAUGCUAUUGCUACAAUGAAAAUUUUUUCCUUGUAAGGAUCAUUUUCCUUACUUUGUGCAGUUGUGAAGAUUCUUCAGAGGCUGGUCACCUAUGAGGAUUUAUUAUCAUUAUUCUUUGCAGCUGAAUGGUUUUAAUUAAAAAUGGCUGAAACUAAAAAAGAAAGUUAGGACUUAAUGUUGUGAGAGUUUCAAACUGUCUAAAUUACAGAAUCCUCAUAGAAUAUUUAGGGAUCAUAUUUGGAGCAUCACAAACACUAUGGCAAAUUUUCAACAGUGACAUUAUUAUGCCAUCUUUUGGCUCUUGUGAGCUAAAAUGACAUUUGCAUGUCUACUCUGAUAAAACAUCUGCUAACUCUGCCUCACACCCAAUGCAUCAGCGAGAGACCAGUGCUUAUGAAAUAAAGGUUGAUAAAGAAGCAGACUGAGUGAUGACACAGUUAAAUUUAGUUUUCAGUGUCAAUUUAACAGACACAUGUUGUUUGCAAUUUAUAUCCAAUCCAGACAUCAUAAAAAUGGAAAAUGAUUGCAUGGAUGCAUUUUAAACAGAUUUAUAUUGUUCAUGUAAUCCGAUUCUGUGCUCAAGAAUUAUUAAAACUUAUUACAAGGUUGCUAUAAGUGUGUGACAUUUAUCUUUAAUUUUAGGAUUGAUCCCAGAUACACAGUGUAGCUGUCCCCUCAUGAAAUUAAAAGAAAACAACCCACCUCACUAUGAGUAUUAUAUAAUUUAAAUUUGUUCACUUGGAAGACUGCUUUCAGUAAAAGAAAUUUUAUCCGUCUGCAGCCUAUGGACAAACACCAACAAUCGACCCACAGAUUCAGCAGUGGUUUAUGUCAGUAGAUGGUGACAGAUCAGGAAGAAUCACUGCAUUGGAGCUGCAGAGAGCACUCGUGAACACCAACUGGACGCAGUUCAAUGAGGAAACCUGUCGACUGAUGAUUGGUGAUUUUAACUGAGGAUAUCUUUUUCAGUUUUCAUUUAUUCCCCAUUUCAUUCCAACAGCUUGAGGGCAGGGGAGUGGGGGGAUGUACUUUCUGAUAAUAAAUUAAAUAUGCUGUUCGCCACCAAUGAAUAUUGAGUACUGCUUAUCUUAAUAAUCUUAUAAAAAAGAAAGAUCUUGUCUAAAAAAUUUUUUUACAAAUAGAAAAAGUAUUGUUCCACAAUUAGCGUAAAUUAAAUAUGCAUUGGCAGGUCAGCAGUUGUGAUAGUUCCACUUAAAAGUGCUUUCUAAUUUAUGUACUUAUAUUACACUCUUCAAGAUGCAAAUUAGAGUGGAAAGAUUUUUGAAAAUACAAUUUUAAGAACUGUAUUCAGAUCAUUUUAGCAUGCUCCUGAGGGCUGCGUAGUUUCCUUCCUGUAGGAAGUAAUGAAUCAUUGCAUCUGUUUCCACUUGUACAUGCCAUGUGAGCAGAACCAUUGCAUGGGACCUUCAACCCCUGCGGCUGUAGGGGGCCUCAGGUUAUAAAGGGUCUAAGAGUUGUCAUGUGCUGUGGGAACAAAUUUUAACCAUCUAAUUAAAAUGCAGGGCACAAAACCGAAAAGUAGCAUGGGGCUCCAAACUUCACAUGAUCACUCUGCUUGCAAGGGAUACUUUUUGGGAGGAGGAGAAGUGGUGUGGACAGUUUUAUGAUUUUUCCAUUUUUAAGACAAAUAUUUUUUAUAGAUGAUCACAUUUUUAAUUAUUAGGAUUAUUAUUGUUGGGCCUAAAUGCCAUUGCUACAAAGUGGUAAUUUCUUGUAUGAUUAUUGACUUAGUGUGUCCAAAAGAUAAUAUAAGAGGGACCCCAUUCAACCUGUGUUGAGUCAGUAGAGAGUGGAACAAAGUAUGUUUAGGCUGGACUGGAAAAAAAGACAUGAAAAAAUACAAGGACGUAUCGGCUAAAUGCCUUCUUCAGCAGACAAAAAAAAACAAGACACAAAAAAUAAAUAAGAAAUUAAAAACUUGCGUGUUCGAAGAUUCUGAAUCUCAUUGUCUCUUUUUCUAAACAGACGCUUCAGAGAACUACAUUGAGAUCAGAAUCUUGGAACACAUAAGUCAAGAAGAUAAAUAGUUCACACAUAGAGCUGCUAGGUGAAUAAUGCUAGCUUAUGACAUACAUUCCAGAAAUGAUGAGGGUAUACUUUUAAUAUAUAUACAAAUUGAGCUGUUAAGUGUACAUUAAAAUUAAAGCCUUUAGCCCAAUUGAAGAUACCCUGAUUUUUUUUCUCCAGGAAAAUGAUAUAAAAUCUUCUGCAUAACAUAAACAAUAAUUUCAAGAUCAAAAGAGGUCUUAAAAUAAAGACAUAGCUAAAAUCUCAAUCAUUAAUGAACAGGUAUGUUUGACAAGGACUUCAGUGGAACAAUAGACCUGUAUGAAUUUCAAUCCUUGUGGCACUACAUCCAACAGUGGAGAGCAGCCUUUGACCGCUAUGAUGUCAAUAAGUCUGGUUCUAUAGAAGGUCAUGAGCUACAGCAAGGUCAGUGUACACAUUGUCAUUGUUUCAAGUUAUAUAUACUAAAAUUACAUUGUUAUUACUUAAGGUUAUAUGGUUAAUUUUUCAUUACUUAAAGCUAUUUCUCUAGACUAGUUACUCUGUUAUUACGUAAGGUUAUAUACGCUACAGUUAUUUUUUUAUUUAAAGUUAGAUUCUUUGAAAUUACUUUUUUUAUUUAUGAUUCUUUAUUGAGUCCUCUAACGAGAAAACUGGAAAGUUUCUUUAAGAUACUUAGCUACUAACAAUCUGACUAACACUAGCACACCGCGAUCAAGGGUCUGUAGCUGAAAUUUAAUUGUUUUUUAACAAAAAUUUCUUUAUGUUAUAAUCAGGAAUUAAGUAAGAGGCAAUCCAUAUAUUGGGGAGGGAGGGAUUAAGAGAUUUUCUAUAUGUAUCAAUGUGAGGUGGGGGAAGGGUCUGGGCAGAAUGUGCACAUACAUUUGAGCACAAAUUCUGCCGUCUAUAAUUACCUGCAAUUCUGACUGUUCGUAAACUUUCUUUUUUAUAUCUCUAAUUAGUAGGCUAUAAAAAUAUCACUGCAUUGUUUCGUAAUCCUCAUCAUACUGUUGUUUUGUGUUUUCACAAAUGAAUUGGCUAGACAUUGCAACUGCGAUAUUUAGCCUAGCCAGACCCUGUUUGCCUUUGUAAAGUACUUUAAUACUCCUUAUUGCAAAUAGCCAGUGGCAUCUCAAAAGGCGAAGAAAAUAGUUUAGGUGACUUAUUGAUUAUUGUAUUUGCUUUGUACAUAAUAAAUGUCUAUAAAUAAAUUUAAUCUGGAUAUGGGGAUGGGGGGUUAAAAGGCUAAACAGCAUGGGGGUGUGGCUGAAAAAUGGGUGCAAAAAGAGGGGAAAAUAAACUUUUUUAAAAAUUAUUCAAUGUUGAUGUCAAUUAAACACUCUCAGUUACACUUCUCAAUCCCGAUUUCUAAAUUUCUAGUUAUAACUCUGUUUCUUGGUUUCCACAACAUUGUGAAUUUUAUUAAGGGGUCACGACACUAAAAGUGUCGAGAACCUCUAACAUAAGAGAUGACACAGUUUGCCCAUAAGAUACAAAUCAGAUAACAUUACACAGCCACAAUGUAUUUGACCUGGGUGCAUUGAAACAUUUUGCUAAAAAUUAGACAGAGAUGUGUCAACUGAAGAGGUUUUUUUAUGUUGUCUUUCCACAAUUUUCAUCUGCAGCCUUCCAACUCAUGGGCUACAAUGUAUCACCCCAAUUUGUGCAGACUGUUGUGAUUAAAUUUGACCACUACGGACGUCGCAGUCUGACCCUGGACAACUUCAUCCAGUCCUGUGCCAUGCUCAAGUCACUGACGGACGCAUUCAAACAGAGGGAUCCCAUGAUGACUGGCGUGGCCAGGUUGUCCUAUGAAGAUUUUAUGCAAACAGCUGUUAUGUAUAAACCAUAGGGCCUAGGGGAAGUAAUAAGAUUGUGCUGAUCGUAUAUCUUAAUCAUAGGUUAUAGUUCUUGAGCUGUAAAUGAAUUAAAAUAACUACUACUACUACUACAAAGUUUCCAUCAGUGUAAAAAAGUAAAUUUUAAAUUAUUUCAAUACUUAAAAUGCAUGUAUGUUUUACAGUUCAUUUUCGUAUUCUGCUGCCUGUUUACAGUGAAGUUAAAUUGAUGUCCUAUAUAUCUAUCCAAUAUUAAUAUCCAACAUGAAUAUGUUGGAAAUGCAGCAAAUUUUUUUUGUAUGAAGGAUAUUGGGCAUUUAAAUGGAAACGUUUGAUUUUUAUGCUAGUCAAAGGAUGUCAAUCAUAUUAUAAAAAGCAGUGUGUUUGAUUGAUGCACUAUACCAUAGCUUCAAUCACAUCGGGUUUAAUUGUGUCCUCUCCCUGGGAGAAAGUUGGCUGGGCAGUGAAUCUGAGCUGAAACAAGGGAGUGGGCACCAUUAAAUUAAUUGGUCAAUUUCACCCAUUCUCACCUGAGCUCAUUUCUCCAUACCAGCAGAAGGAUUUUCAUUGAGGUACCUGCAUUUAUAAAAAUAUCAAUGGUGAAAUAUUAACAUUUACAUUCAAAAUAUUUCUAUGCUAACUUGACUCCACCUUCAAUUUAAAGAACACUUUACCUAUUUAUAACUAUUGCUUUACAUCUGAAUUACUUGUAUUACCUCUGAAGAUAUUAUCACUGCAUGAAAGUUCAUUGUUAGAUCAGGGCGCCUCGUCAGACUUAGUGUGUUGAUGAUACGUUUUAUACAGUACAUUACAUUUGUAUUGUAUUUUGUAUACCACCAUUUAUCAACGAUGAAUGGCUGCUACAAUUUGUGGGGUCUGUUGUUGAGGGCCACUGUCAUGCUUCUUGAAAUAAUCCAGAAAGUUGUGGGACCCUCCCUGUAGAAACUGACCCAGCUUUACACAAUGGUUUCUUUUGUUAGUGAAGUUGUUUUUGUUAUGUGUGACGAAACAAAAACAACAGUUGAAACUGCAUUUACUGUAAUGUGUUUUAUGUUUUUUUAGAAGUUAUAUCUCAUUAGUUUCAACUAGUUACAAGUAAAUAAUCUCUGCUACGUCCUCGCUAGGUCAAAAAUCAACAUUUAACUUCAUAAAUUAUUAUUUUUUCGUGUACCAGGUAAAGGAAACUGAGUCACUAUUCUGUAACUGCUUUAGGCAUAAGAAAUCAGGUGGAAUAUAUGUGUAAAUCAAAGUUCAAAAGAACUAUGAAUUGUUCCAUUUCAAAUGUUAAGAGUGAUCAUCAUCUAUUGGUCCCACAUUGCAGUAUUUAUGUGUGCCAAAAAUGGCCAGUAAAUCAGCCUACUUCAGUAUGUAUGCACUUGCUUUUGUUUGAGGACAGCUGUCAUCAGUAGCUCCUCCGAGCACAGGCGUAACCAAGGCCAUGUUGCACCCACGACAGGAACUAAGCUUGAACCCACUUUUUUGUAUGUAACCAAGAUUUAGACCCCCCCAAAAAAUUCAAAUCAAGGAAGGCCUACACUGAACACAGUCAUAGAUGAAGAUGCUAAAAGUUCACUAAAAGUAAAAGAAAUAUUUGUUUCUUAUUGAAGCUUACGUGUUGCUGAGAUAUAAAUAAAAACACUAGUGUUCAAGUAAGAUGUCUACAUGCAACUAAAAUUAGUUAUUUUAAUUUGACAUUGAUGGUCUUAGUUUGUGAGCACUGGUCAAUAAGUCAAGUCGUUCUUAUUUUCUUCUUGUUAUACGGUACUCCUAAUAAAGCAAGAUCCAGUGGCGUAGCGAGGGUGUUUGGUGCCCGGGGACAAGAUUCGCGCACGCGGACAAGAUCCAUUUUUAGCGCCCCUUUUUCUUUUUUUCAACUCUCAAACCCAUUAUUUUCAUCCAAUAAAAUAAUAUCAAAGCACAUUUUGGCGCCCCUAACUAGCUGGCGCCCGGGGACAUCUGUCCCCCCCUGCCCCCACCACGCUACGCCUCUGGCAAGAUCAAACAGUCUUUCCAACCCAUGGAAGCUCCCAGGUAGUUAAGUUAGUGGACAGCAUGUUAGCUUAUUCAAUACAGAUAUUUCUAACUUAGAUAAGCAAAUACUAACUUUUUAAUGUAUAAAGAUCAUUAUUUUCCCGGUUUGCCGAUUUGGCCACACCCUCAGUGUGCUAGGCAAAAAGGAUGUAAUAGUUUUUCAGUUUCUCUUGCACUGCUGAGUUCAUGUUUCAGGACUCAGCCAUCUUAUUCUCACUCACUGACUACUCAGUCUCAAACAGUUCGGUUUGUGUCAAUGUCAUCUUUUUAAAAAAAAAAUCCAACACAGCUAUUUAAAAGAAGAAAAAAAAAAAAGGUACUUUAAGACUUUGAAUUUUGUUUGAGAGCCAUUUGAAAUUCUUAUCAGAUGCAAUCAUGUAAAAGGGUUUUUGGCUUUUAAGGUUGAAAUAAAUUGAACUUUCUAUGUACGAGACGAAAAGAUCUUAUUUUAAUUAACAUUGUUUAAGUGGAAUGUUCCCUCUAUUGUACACAAGGUGCAAAGAAAUUGUUAUGUGGUGCUUAUUUCAAGAUUUUUUCUCUCCAUUUUAAAUUUGGCAAUAGUUAUCCAAUAAAAUCAUUCACAAAUUUAAAGAAAAAAAUCUAAUUUUUAUGUGCACCAUUUCAAAGCUCUUGUUUUCUGCUUUAGAAUGACACUCUUGUGCACUGUUUUAUUAGUACACUGUCUUCAUCAUAAGAGCAAACGUUGCCAUAGACUUAAAAUAUGUUAAUUAAUACGGUAAUUAAUAUGUAAUUGUUUUGUUUGUGAGAGUUUUCUAAUAAAACAAUCUAUUGAAUCUUCUCUGAAAUUUAACUUUUUUUUAAAUUAAAAGACAAAAAAAUACUGUAUUGAGAAAUCUUAUAUAACUGGUUCUUCACUCAUAUUAAAAAGAGAUUAUAAAUUAACCUAAAUAUCAUGCAAUUAAAUUGAUUUGGUGGAGUCACUUAGGUCUCACAUGGAGAUUUCAUCGACUACCUAUUUAACUUAAAGCCCAAUAAAUCAGGUCUUGGAAAAUAUUUUUUAUCUCAUAAAACUCAUCUUACUUUUACCCACCCAUGCACUGUUACUGUUAAUGCAAUGAGCAGAUGAAUAGCAUUUUUUACUCAUCCAUAACCAAACUACCGGUAACCAGGGUUUAAAUAACUUUGAGGAAUCUGUUGCAAUCACCUUGAAAUGACAACUGAAACCAUAUGAUCUACAGAUUUAUCCAUAUCAAGUCCAAACAAUAUAAUUACUAACAUGAACUCAAUGGAUUAGGUAAGAUACACAAAAAAGAAUUUUACA